UCCGCGAACAAAAACACUAUAUAUACCGGCCAGAAUUUGUCUGGCCUUAUCAUUUUAUUUUAAAAAGUUGAAACAGUUGAAUAUGAAGGUGUUUUUGAUUAUUAGUUGCUUUGCUGUAGGUGUGCUACAAAUUAAGGCAGCCCCUUUGAAUGAAGAGCAAAAAGAAAAAUUAGCUUCCUACCACAAACACUGCUUGGCCGAAUCCAAAGUAGACGAAGCCCUAGUGAAGGAAGCCAAGAAAGGUCAGAUCAGCGAAGAUCCAGCCUUUAAGAUCUACCUCAAUUGCUUCUCGCAAAAAAUUGGUUUCCAAGAUGCUAAAGGGGUAAUUCAAAAAGACGUUUUCGAACAAAAAAUUGGAAAGAUUGUUGACGAUGCAACACUAUUGGAGAAAAUAGUAAAUCAGUGUGCAGUUCAACAGGACAAUCCAGUGGAAACGUCAUUUUAUAUUGAAAAAUGCUUACAUCAAGUUGCUCCUAACAUCGAAAUUUUUAAGGUAAAUCCUGAUGUAGUAUACGUUCCAAAUGAAAAAGCUCAAGAAGCUUAUAUCAUCCACAAAGAUUGUGCCCUUCAGUUCAAUCACGAUGAACAAGAAAUUGAUGAACGUCGCAAAAAAGGCACCCUGUUCGACAAUAACAAAUACAGAGAUUAUUUCUUCUGUUUCUCGAAACGUCAAGGUUUCCAAAAUGAAGAUGGGCAAAUUAAUAGGGAUGGUUUAAUUAAUAACGUAAAUCAGGUCGUUGAAGAUAAGGCGGUUAUUGAUCGCAUAGUAGAAAAGUGUAAUGUUCAGCAAGAUACUGCUGAAAAUACUGCUUUCUUUUUAUCAAAAUGUCUUCAGGAAAAUUUACCUGUUUAUGUAGAACUCUUCCCCAGAGACAUUCCAGUGCCAGACGAAGAAGCCAAACAAAUCAUUAAAAAUGGCCGCGAAUGUUUACAAGAAACAGGGGUAAACCGUGAACUUGUCCAGAAGACACGCAACGGCAUCUUCGUAGAAGAUCCAACCUUGAAAGAAUUUGCGUUUUGCAUGGGCAAGAAAGCUGGAUUCAUCAAUGAAGCCGGUGAUGUCCAAAUCGAUGUUUUGAGAAAAAACACAUUGAAGUUGAUCAAGGACCCCGUUGUCGUCGAGAAACUUGUCAAAUUGUGUGGCGUCAAGAAAGAGACUCCUCAAGAAACAUCUUUUUACGCUUCGAAAUGUUUCAGUAAAAAUUCUCCAGGGAGAUUGAGCAUUACACAGUUCGGUGCUCUAUCAUCAGCUCAACAAGCCAAAGCCAGCAAACUUAUCAAGGAAUGUUUCCAAGAAUCCUCUGUACCCAACGAGUUGGUUCUCAAAGCUCGAAAAGGAAAUUUCUCAGACGAUCCAUUACUCAAGCAGUAUUUCCUUUGCGUAUCCACAAAAGCUGGAGUUCUGAGUGAAGCUGGUGAAUUUAACAAUGACGUGAUCAUAAACGACUUAACUGAAAUAUUCAACGCUGAUGAAGCUAAUAGUUUGGUAAAGAAAUGUGCUGUCAAACGCGGUUCACCUACAGAAACUGCUUUUGAGUCGUUUAGGUGUUUCUACCAAAAUGCUCCUGAGGUGGUGCCAUUAUUUUAAAUCAGUAUAACUUUAAUUUAAUAUUA